AUUUUUUAUUGCAGAUCAGAAGUAAUAAAAUUUUUACACAGAAAAUAAAAUUAGAAGAAAUCUUCUGAAUUAUUAAAUAAAGUAGCAAUAUUUUAAAGAGUUUUUGUAAAGUAAUCAAUCAAUUCAAGUUAGACAUAGCAAGCAAUGGAUACUUAAAUAGAAGGAGAGACAAAUUAUAACAUAUGUUAAAUUUGCCAGAAUGACAACCAUUACGUAAGAAUGAAGCUCUUCCCUUGCAAAAACGAAGAAUGUGAUAAAUAUUAUGAAAAAGUAGAUGAUGUUUGCAAUAAAUGCAUUCGUAAGAUAUAAAGAUCUGAAAUGCUGUGCCCAUUUUGCAAUUAAAACUAGCUGCAAAUUAACUAGUUUGGAUAAUAUAGAAAUCCUAGUGUCAAAAAAUUUACUAUUGGAUUGCUUUCUACCAAAUACCUUAAUACCUCUACUAAAGCAUUUAAAGAAAACCCAAACUAUAAUCCAAAUGUUUAUAAUGCAAGUAUUCCUAAAUAUAUUGAAGAACCUAUUGGAAGUUUCAUAACUCUACCUGUCAUUCCUUUUAGUUUAGCUUAUCUUACAGGAGAUACUAAUUAAGCUAAAAAAGAUUAAGGAUAAGGAAGAAUUUGCUUGAGCUUCGAUAAGUUUGUACAAGCUUUAGAAGUCAUGACUGUUGACGAAAAGAAUCAAUAAAUUUUCACAGAAUAAGAUAAAUAGGAAUUAGCAACCACAAAAUAUUGCUUAGAUAUUCUUUUUAACACAUGCCGUCAUGAUAUGGUUCGUUGUGGAACAAACUAAAUUUUCAUUUCAGGAGGAUAUUGGAAAGAUUUAGAUUUCUUGUAUGGCAUUUAGUAAGAAAAAGGACUUCCAAUUUAGUUCUAAGCUAGAUAGCAAAGAGCUUGGAGAUAGUAUUAAGAAGGUAUUCUUGACUAAAAUUAGUUGAUUGCUGAAAUAGAAUCUAUCCACUAAAAAUAUAAAGAAAUCUAGUCAUAAAAAAAUCCAAAUACCUAAGAAACUUAAAUACCUUUUUAUUAUCCUUAUUUUUCAAAUACUUAUUUAGUUGAAUUACUACAAAAGGAUAACUCAGAUUUCUCAAUUUAACCUACUUAGUAGUUGAACAGUCCUAGAGCAUUCCAUCAAACUGUUGUUACUAAUGAUAAAAUAUUUGUAUUUGGUGGUAUUUGCAAUGGAAUAGUCUUGGACUCAAUUGAAGUUGCUGAAGUAGUACGUGAUAUUGCUUCAAAAAUUACUGAAAUAAAAGAAUUUUAAGUAGUUGGCAGUAUGACUAGUCCCAGAGCUAAAUUUAGUGCUGUCUUCAAGCCUGCCGUUAAAUGCACUUAAAAAAAUUGUGGGUAUUUUGCAUAGAAAGAAUAAAAUAGUUUUUCUUGUUCUGAUAGCAAGUGUCCUAAUCAUGCUUACAUUUAUAUUGCAGGAGGAAUUAAGGAAUUUGGCGUUCAACAAGAUUAGCUUACUCUUGAAAGAUAUAACUUCUAAACUUAGUAGUGUGAAGAAAUUUACUUGGGUGUUGAUAAAGAUUCUAUCUUAAAUUAAUAUAUUGGUAUGAGUAUUGGAUACUGGAAUAAUGAUAUUUUUGUUUUUGGAGGUGUCCCUAAAAACUCGGAAGCCUUCAGCAAACAUUAAAAUGCAGCUUUUGCAGUUUUAAAGCCAGGUAGAGUAAAAGGUAACGAAAAGAUCUUCAGUGAACAAAUAAUCUCAAACUAGAUUUAGCCAAGUUACCUUCCUUAAUUUACAGUUUCCAUUCCAUAUUAAUCAAAAACAGAAGAAGAAAAAUCUUAGUCAGAUUAAUAUAGAGCAUUUGUUAUUUACAGUUAAAAUCAAGAAAAAUUCUGUUUCUAAAAUUUCAGAAUUUACAGAAAUAGUAACGAUGAAAUCAAAUUAUCAAACUAAAUUUAAUCUUUAAAGUAAGAAUUCUAAUUUAUAAAUAAAAAAUGGAACGAAUAAGGUUUCUAGGAUGAAUAAAGCUUUAUCCUUCUUAACUCAUUUGUUGAUUAAUGA